AGUGCAGCUUUUUCAACUAAGAGGCCAGUAUUAAAAACCAGUAAUGUAUUCAAAGAACAACAUGCAGUCAUAUGUGUACUGGAUAACUAAGUUAAGUUGGCUGCUGGUAGUCAUCUUGGUUUCUUUGCAACGUUCCACACAUGGAAUCCCUUCUUUUUCACCCAAUGAGUGUGAGCCUGGAAAUUCAGUGGAUCCCAGAGAGUGUGCGCAUGGCGCCUUCAACUUGAAUAUGAACCGUACAGAUUGCGAGCCUCGCAUGGUUUGUUAUAGGAAUAUAGGUGAGCCUUGCCUUGAGCUUGGCGCUAGCAGCAAUUGCUUGCCACCUCUGGUUUGUAAUUGCUUAAAGUGUAGUGAAGUGCUGAGUGACUUAUGCCACAAAAAAUUGCCACCGAUAUUGAACAUGUCAAAACGUAGGAGACCAGUUUACUCGGAAUAUAUCUAUUAGAAUUGGAUGCCGGAACACAAAACUUGAUAAAGAUUAUAAAAUAUCGAAAAUGAAUCUAAAUUGAUAUGAUAUUAACCUUCAGUAUUGAUAUAAUCUUAAGUGUAAGUUGUGCUCUAAGCCGUUAGUAAACUUAAAUAUGUUCAAAACAUAA